GGUGGCUGAGGGAGGCCUUGGGGGUUGUGGAGCCAUAUGUGAGGAUGUGGGAGGGUACGUGGCCUGGUACGGAGCAGAGGGGGGAGGUGCUACGACGCAUCCUGGUGGAAAAUGGCCAGCUCUUCGCAAGGUGGAAGGUCUCGCCGCUUUUGAAGGAGGUUAGCUUUGAGCUAGGUCCGAGGGAGUAAGAGUAGCAUGCAUGUGUCUAUUUGGAUAUUCAGGCCAAUAGCGGGGACAAUGGUCCUCCUACUCAACAAGCAGAUCACAGAGGAGGCCCUAGACAUUCUCUACAGAAUGCCCGGCGAGCUACUCAGGACCCCAGGUACUAACUUUACAAUGCGGCAGACAGAUAUCGCCGCAUUCAUCUGUGAGCAUCUACUGCAACGGAUAUAAUAUGCAAUUCUGCGGCUGAACCAGCCACAUGAGAUAGUCGUGCUAAGACUCCUGAAUAUCCAGGGCGCUAGCACCCGUCUGAAAAGGCUUUAUCUGUACUUUCCGAGGAGAGGUGGGAUGACUCCUUGCUGGGUAAUUA